GCUGCUGUCGGACAGCUGUGACUGUGGAAGUCCAGGAUUGGACACAAACGCGGGACUGAGACGGAGACAACAUGAGACGCAUGGACGUGCGCUCACCACCGGCAUCCGCGUCCACGUGUGCGCGUGCGUGUGAGGGUGUGAGUGGACGCGUUAAAGUUGCUCCGUGCAUGUGCGUGUGUGUGAGUGUGAUGCUGCGGAUUCCUGAGGAUGUUUAAUCCGAUUCAGAAGAUGCUGAUGAGACGAUUCUGCGCUCAGAGGACAGUCCACUCUCACAGUGCCAAACUUUUCCUGAGGUAGGAGCUUUUCCGUAGGCCUGUCCCUGCCAACCAACAGCCAUGGACCCCGUCCCAGAAUACUCUCAGUUCCUGGUCCGCAUCCUGGAGGAGCUGGACACCAAGCACAACACCAUGUCCUACCAGGACCUGUGUAAGUCCCUGUGCGCCCGAUUUGACCUGGCACACCUGGCCAAGCUCCGCAGCCUGCUCUUCUACACGGCAUGUCUGGACCCUGCUUUCCCCGCCACGCUCUUCAAGGACAAGAUGCGCUGCUCCGGUGAGGACCCGCAGUCCAAGAAGCUCAUGGUUGCGGCAGACAUCGUCACCAUGUUCAACCUGAUCCAGAUGAACGGGGGCAUGGCCAAAGACAAGCUCCCUGUGGUCCACAGAGCCAAGUUCCACAAGAACAAGUCGUUGGACCUGUGCAGGUCCGACGGCGACGCCUUCAAGUAUCAGGACUGUGACAGAGCGACGGCGUACGAUCACAUGGACCACAGCAGAGACGGACAACACCACCAUCACCACCACCACCACCAUCAUCAUCAGCGCUCCCCCCAGCAGCACCCGGUGGAUCAGAACUCCUCCCCCUGCCCCAAACGACCCGAGUGCAACAACUGCCAGCCGUUCAUUCCCACGUCAGACCCCAACUUCCUCCUGGGAGUCAGCAAGGACCUGAAAUGUAGAGCAGCCUCUCUGGACAAACUCCACCAUCUGCCCCAGUAUCCCAGCAGCAGUCCUCCCUCUCCGCCCUGUGAAAUGCAGAGCACUUACUUUCCCAUGGACAUCGACAGCGAGUCGACGACGGACCACGAGUCCCUGCAGCACAUCGGCCACGUGGAACCCUUUUCUGUCCACUCCUGCAUCCAGAAGAGGAACAUCUUCAAGGAGGACUUCCACAACUUUGUGGCUUUCUCACCACAGAUCGUCACCAAGGACAGCAAACAGGGUGGUAAGGCUGCGCCUGCGGAGAGCUACCACAGGAGGGAGCUGCACAAGCCCGCCACCUUCUUCAACCACAGCUUUGAACUGCCUUACAGUAACCCCUACUUCGAGCCGCCACUUAACUCCCCACUUCAGGAACGACGGAGGGUGAAGCACGAGAGUCUGGACGACUUACAGGCGUCCACGUACUUCGGUCCGACCACCGUCUCUGAGUGCGUGAGCAGCAGGAAGUACAUCAACAAAGCUGGGAAGCAGCCGUCGUGGCCGGUGAAGAGCCUCAGUCUCAACACGGAGGAGGGGCCGCCGGACUUUGAGAGGUCGUUCCUGAACAGCAAACCGCUCAAAGACAACCACCAUCGCACCAUGAGCAUCAUCAGCCAGGACAACGAGCAGCAUUUUCAGAGCCCAAAGGAGAAGGUGGGAGCUUCUCCUUCUGGGUUUGCCAAGAAACAGAAUGGAGUAAAAAACAAGGAUGUGGCUCUGGCAGCAAGUGGACCUGUGGGUCUGGACAAGAGAGAAGCAGCCAAACGGUUCAGGGACAAAAGCAUGAACAGUCCGUCCUUUCAGGGUGGAGACAUUUCCUCCAGCAUUGGGACUCAAACAGAGCAGGCCGAGCAGAAGAAAGCGAAGGAGCACCCGGUGAAAUACGGCGACGUACGAGAAAGACGUACCUUCAAACAGUCCGACGACGACUCUGAGAUCAUCAGCGACGACAUCAGCGACAUUUUCCGUUUUCUGGACGACAUGAGUGUCUGCGACUCUCUGGGCGUCGUCCAGUCGUCCUGCUACAACAGCAACGGGUCCCUGUCUCAGGUAACGCUCAAGUCGGAGGGCGACAGCUCCCCUGAACGCAACACCGUCAAACUAGCCAAGUCCAAGCUGGACCGCCUCUUCCAUUCUCUGGAGAACACGGACGACGAGCUCAAGUCCAGCGUGUGUAAGCUGGUGAUGCGGAUCGGGGAGAUCGAGAAGAAGCUGGAGUCUCUGUCGGGUGUCCGCAGUGAGAUCUCACAGGUGCUCUCCAAACUCAACAAGCUGGACGAGAAGAUCCAGGAGCCGGAGGGCAACGGACGACACAGGGAGACGGCGUCGUCCACUCCCGACAAGCCGCACCCUCACCAGCAACCACAUCUGGACGCCACGCUCUCACCUCACACCUUCCAGUGUCACACCACCGGCCGCAACGUCAAAGUGGAGAACGGGCUCAUGGGGGAGUGGUGCUACUCGGACGGGAGUAACGGCGACAGCCUCAGGGUGAAAGCUCUGAAGAAGAGUCUGCUCACCAGGAGGUCCAACCGAUCUCUCAACGAGGAGAACAGCGCCACCGAGUCAAAGGUCGCCAGCAUCACCAACUCUCCGCGGGACUGGAGGACAGUGUCCUACUCCUGUCACCCUGGAGACGAGGGCAAGGACAACGACAGAGACGGCAAGGACCGACACCGGAAAGCCAAAGAGGCAGAGAGAGAGCGUCAGUACGAGCUGCCUCCAAACGCUCACCUGCCUCCAAACGCUCACCUGCCUCCAAACACCCACCCGCCCCUGAUGGAACAGAUUUUCUCUCCGCACCCGUUCAGUCCGUCCAUCAAGGCCCAUGUGAAAGGCAGUCACCUGUACACUGACCUGAGACUGACCUCACUGUCAGACGCCAAGCGUGGGCAGCCAUCCUGGACCAUCGAGGAGUACAAACGCAACUCAGGAGAGAAGGGGAAGCAGUUCACGGCUCUGGAGCUACAGACACAGGAAUCCCUGAACCCCAACAACCUGGAGUACUGGAUGGAGGACAUCUACACACCGGGCUACGACUCGCUGCUCAAGAAGAAGGAGGCGGCGUUCAGGAGGGCGAAGGUGUGUAAGAUCGGGGCACUGAUCGCAGCAGCGACCUGCACAGUGAUCCUGGUCAUCGUCGUUCCAAUUUGCACCAUGAAAUCAUGAGAUUGACGGACGUGGACGUGGACGACACACACUCUUGAACUCGCGUCCUGUUGUCUUUGUGGACGAGGUGAGUGUGCGGCAGUUUCACAGACGAUGACAACGUUUUGGGACUUGACUCUUGUCAAUUUGGUGUUUUUUUUGCUUUUACUGCGGUAUUAACUUCUGGUGAUCUUUCUUGCCAAUAUAAAAACAGUUAGGACAGCUAUUGUACAAUAGAAAUGAAGUCAAUAAUAUAUACUGUAUAUACGUUGUAGUCUGUUGUAUUGUCAUAAACGGUGUGGGACAGUCAGAAGCUCAUGACGACGGCGCCGGUCGACGGACCGGAAUAAAAACUGGAUUUGUUGAUGUAGCCAACGUACGAUAUUUUUAUUUUUUAUUAUAAUUACUGUACAGUGUAUUUUGAUCAAAGUUAUUUUUUGACGAAUUAUCCGGUUGAAUGUGGGAAAUUUUAUCUUUACCAAUAAUUGUUAGCAUUUUAAGUAACAACAAAUUGUGCAACAGUUUUUUUUCUCUCCUGAGUGGAAACAGUGUAUUGAAGUAGAGAUAUGACAGUCACAUGACUACACAGCCAAACUGAAUGUAUUAAUGAUGUUAGCCUUCUCAUGUAGAACGGUAGGACGUGAGAAGUCACCUGAAUGUCGCCGCUUUGUCUUCUCUGAAUAAUAACAGCCAACAGCACACAAUGUACUUUACUGAGAACUGGUGUUAGCGCGCCAUCGUUGUCCGGUACCGAAAAAUAAAGAUUAAUAUAUGGACAAACGUGCCGCUAUCAGUACUUAUGUUACGUUUACUGUAGCUUUGGAAGCCAUUUCUGAUCCACAACAGUCCUGCACUGACCUUUACGCUCCUGAAAACACUCGCAAAAGCUCGGACUAUUAGCAUUUAGCUUUGUAUUACUAGAAUAGGGGAAGCAUUUUUGAAAAAUGAUGCUUCCUAAACUCAGUUUCCCCUGAGUUGAGAAAUAUCUUCAUUCUUUUCUUUGUUACGUGGCCACCAGUGACACUUGGUCCUGUUAGCGUAACUGUUAGCAAAGAUGGCGGACACUGUUUACAUUGUGGGAACGAGGUCCCGCCCCCCCUACAAGUGGGUCUAAAAAGUGCGGAAUUAGCGUUGCAGAUUCAAGGCUCAGACCAAGUGUCACUGGUGGACACGUAACAAAAUAAGAAUGAAGAUAUUUCUCGACUCAGGGGAAACUGCUAAUAGCUAAUCAAUAAAGUGUUCCUUUCUUCUUUAUUCUUGGAUCUUCACAUCACAAA